AGAGCGAGCUCUCUGUUGCACAUGCUCUCGGAGCCCCGGCUGCAGCGUCCAGCAGCAGCAGCUGGGCUGUGACGGCGGGCUGAAGCACCAGGAAGCGGAGGGAGCCGGGCGUUUGUGUGUGGCCCGGGGACCCCCGAUGGGCGCUCGCUGAACCAUGGCCCGCCCCGCGGCGAGUCCCACCCCGUUCGGCGGCAUGGCAGCGAGGGACGAGCUGUACAGCCGAGUCACCCCGCGGCGCGCCCGCCAGCCCCGCGCCGGCACCAUCAAGCACGGCUCGUCGCUGGACGUGCUCCUGUCCAUGGGCUUCCCCAAAGCCCGAGCACAAAAAGCCCUGGCAUCCACGGGAGGAAGAAGUGUUCAAGCUGCCUGUGACUGGCUGUUCUCCCAUAUUGGCGACCCAUUCCUAGAUGACCCCCUGCCCCGCGAAUACGUCCUGUACCUCCGGCCCACCGGCCCCUUAGCACAGAAGCUCUCUGACUUCUGGCAGCAGUCAAAGCAGAUCUGCGGGAAGAACAAAGCCCACAACAUCUUUCCCCACAUCACGCUAUGCCAGUUCUUCAUGUGUGAGGACAGCAAAGUGGAUGCCCUGGGGGAGGCCCUGCAAACCACUGUCAUGCGCUGGAAAUGCAAGUUCUCCGCUCCACUGCCUCUAGAGCUGUACACCUCCUCAAACUUCAUCGGCCUCUUUGUCAAGGAGGAGAGUGCUGACGUCCUCAAGAAGUUUGCUGCUGACUUUGCUGCUGAGGCAGCUUCCAAAACAGAGGUGCACGUGGAGCCCCACAAGAAGCAGCUGCAUGUGACCCUUGCCUACCACUUCCAAGCCAGCCACCUGCCCACCCUGGAGAAACUAGCCCAGAACAUCGAUGUCAAACUGGGUUGUGACUGGGUGGCUGCCAUCUUCUCCCGGGACAUCCGGUUUGCUAACCAUGAGACGCUGCAGGUGACCUACCCCUACACCCCGCAGAAUGACGACGAGCUGGAGCUGGUGCCCGGGGACUUCAUCUUCAUGUCUCCGGUGGAGCAGGCCAGCACCAGCGAGGGCUGGGUCUUCGGCACCUCCUUGGCCACUGGCUGUGCCGGCCUCCUGCCCGAGAAUUACAUCACCAAGGCCGACGAGUGCAGCACCUGGAUAUUUCAUGGAUCUUACUCGAUCCUGAGCAUGACCUCACCUGGCUCCCUCUUGUUCGGGGACGGAAUGCCCGAUAGGAGGCUUCAGGAAGACCAAGGGCCUAUGGAGGCCAGUCCCCUCACCAUCAUCUGUCAGCCCAUGCAGCCCCUGAGGAUCGACGGCCAUUCCGGCUCUCAGAAGCGAUGUCUUUUUGUCUGCCGUCAUGGGGAGAGGAUGGACGUCGUGUUUGGAAAGUAUUGGCUCUCCCAGUGCUUUGAUGCCAAAGGGCGAUACACGCGCACCAAUCUGAACAUGCCUCACAGUUUACCUCAGAGGAGUGGCGGCUUCCGGGACUAUGAAAAGGAUGCCCCCAUCACCGUGUUUGGGUGUACCCAGGCCCGACUCAUUGGUGAGGCCUUGUUAGAAAGUAACACCAUAGUUGACCAUGUCUACUCUUCCCCGUCUCUGCGCUGCGUCCAGACAGCACACAACAUCUUGAAGGGUUUACAGCAGGACAACAUGGUGAAGGUUCGGGUGGAGCCAGGGUUAUUUGAGUGGACCAAAUGGGUCGCGGGCAGCACACUGCCAGCAUGGAUUCCUCCGUCAGACUUAGCAGCAGCCAACCUUUGCGUCGACACAACCUACAGACCUCAUAUCCCAGUCAGCAAAUUAGUGGUUUCUGAGUCUUAUGACACGUACAUCAGUAGAAGCUACCAAGUAACAAAAGAAAUAUUAAGUGAAUGCAAAAGUAAGGGGAACAACAUCUUGAUUGUGGCUCACGCAUCUUCUCUGGAAGCAUGUACGUGUCAGCUCCAAGGGCUUUCUCCUCAGAACUCCAAAGACUUCGUCCAGAUGGUCCGAAAGAUUCCUUAUUUGGGGUUCUGUUCCUGUGAAGAAUUGGGAGACACAGGCAUAUGGCAGCUGACCGACCCACCCAUCCUGCCCCUCACUCAUGGACCGACCGGAGGGUUUAACUGGCGGGAGACACUGUUACAAGAAUAACCCAUAAGGGCUGAGGAGGGACUGGAGAGACCCGUCCAAGCCAAGAGAGGAGUUGGUCUUCAUCGUUCUUAGCACCAGCUGGUGGGGGGGGUCCCUCGUUCACACCCCAUUCCCAGCGGGGAGCCCCGAUCGUCCAGCUUCUCUCCUUUCAUGCAACUUCACCUGCCCAAAGUUCUGAUGAGACUGUGUGGACACUAGAGACCCUUCAGUUUUGGAGAACAGCCCCCGGCCCCCUCCUCCUGCCCCUGCCCAGCUUUCUGCCUGACUCUUCAAGCAGUCUGGGAUGCCGAGAUUGCUUCUUCCAAAAGAAAACCCAAGGACGCCUAGGGUUUUGUCUACCUUUUGCACUGGGAGAGUUGGAGAUUGGUGGGGGCUCCAUUGGGGGAGAUCCAGAGAGGGUAAAGAUGCACAAAGCUCCCAUUGGAUGGAUGGAGCCGGGCAACCUCUUCCGAAAUCAGCAUUUUCAUUCGAUCCCUCCAAGCCCGGAGAAGGAUUGAGUUCCGAAAGGCCAUUCGCCUCUCGGGCCCCAGAGGGUCCGUCCGCCAAGCUGUCCCCACUCCCCAGUCCCAUACGAGGGCUGGAGACAUCAGCCUGCAAUCAGGCCACGUCCUGGCCUGGUCUUCCCCUCCCGCCCAUCGGGGACGGGGGAAGGUGCAGGAUUGUUUUCCAAGCACUUUCAAACCUUCAAGCAAGAAGGGGAGGGAGAAGGCCGAGAACAGGUCCAGUCCAGCGGAAAGAUCUCCCCGGGGUGGGAGCAUGAUGAGCCCCAGUGAGAAUCCUCAAAGGGACAACAGAUGCUUUGGCUGAACUGAGAAUCAGUUGACCAGUUUGGGAUGUCAAGCUUGCGAAAGAAGGAUGGGCAUCAGGUACUUGAUCUGAGUUUGUCAAGGAGCUCAUCUUGGGCAGCGGGCCACAUCUUGAUUAUCCCUACCAUGCUCGGUUAGGGGCACCUUGCCAGUAUAUGUAAUACAUAAUAGAAGAGUCAUUCACACAUUAUUUGACCAGGGAUACAUUCGGAAACAUCAGGGAGUGAACGAAGACAGUUGGACUGUACCAGUGUUCCUGCAGGAAUGGGAGGCCACUUUGUUUUUUUGUAAUUUAUAAUUUAAAAUAUUUGGGAGAAUAACUUUGCUGCAUUUCACCUUCAGGCCUGCUUACUGCAAACUUUCAAAGGGAGUUUAUUUAAAGGAAAAUAAAUGACA